GAAAAUUUCAGGUAGCAUGGAGGCCACAAGUGUUGGGCCAAACAAUGGUGGCUUUUCAAUUGUGCUUCGAUUUGUCAAGCAUAAUUUCUGGGAAAUACUUUACAUGCUCAUUGCUUUCGAGUUGUUCAUCUGCACUUUCAUCAUUAACUUUGUGGCCUACACUGAAAUUGACUGGGAAGCUUACAUGGAAGAAGUGGGUGGUUUCCUCAAUGGAACAUAUAAUUAUUCCCUCCUCAAGGGCUCAACUGGUCCCCUAGUCUACCCCUCGGGUUUCCUCUACCUUUUCUCAUUUCUGUCAAAAGUAACAAACGAGGGUGAAAAUAUUAAGUUUGCCCAGUAUUUGUUUAUGAUUCUGUAUCUUUUCAAUUUUUACAUAGUCGCCAAGCUUUAUCGUCGCGCAGCCUUACCCACUUUUCUCUUAUUUACCAUGGCUGGUUUAUCAUAUCGAGUUCAUUCGAUAUUUGUGUUGAGGUUGUUCAACGAUUGCAUUUGCACAUUUUUCGCGUAUCUUUCCAUUCUGUAUUUAACAAAAUAUUAUUACAACACUUCGGCGUUGGUUUUCAGCUUGGCUUUGUCUAUAAAGAUGAAUGCGCUGCUAUUUUUACCCGGAUUUUUGGUGAUCCUCACUUGUUGCGGGGGAAUUGUUUUAUGCUUCAAGUUCGGGUUAAUUGUAAUCACUUCGCAAAUUAUUCUGGCUCUACCAUUUCUUUAUUAUGCUCCUGUAGACUACAUGUCGAAAGCGUUUGAAUUUAACAGAGUAUUUUUCUUUAAAUGGACUGUUAAUUGGCGAUUUAUAGGCGAAGGGAUUUUUGUGAACCCUAUUUUUCACAAGUUUCUGUUAGUCACCCAUGUAGCAUUACUCGUCAUUUUCGCUUGGUUCAAGUGGAGACCGAAGGUGUUGCGAAUAGUAGACAUUGUCAGUCCCUCCUUCCGAGGUCUGUUUCCGGGGAUGGAACCCCGUGAAAUGAUUUCAGUCCUAUUCGAGUGCAAUUUUAUCGGCAUCUUGUGUAGUAGGACCUUACACUACCAGUUUUACUGCUGGUAUUACCACACCAUCCCCUUCUUGCUCUACAGCAGUAGCAGGUUGCCCUACCCUGCUGUUGUUUUGCUGGUCUGUUUGAUAGAGUACAGCUGGAACGUGUACCCAUCUACAAACACCAGUUCCUUCCUCUUGCUCAUUUCCCAUCUCUUCAUAUUGGCUUCGUGUUGGAACUCUAGAAAAUAUGUGAACCGAAGUGUGAAAACUGAAUAAACGCAAAACUUAAUAAAAUGUAUUCCUGUAAUUAUGCGAAAAUGGUUUAAUGUUGUUUUUAAAAUUUAGCGUAUUGGCAUAAUUUUGUAGCGUAUAGGCCUGUGUCGGCUAGG